GUUCAUGCCAAUACAUAACCGGAAGUUAUUUGUAACGUUUCUGAACUCCUCGGGACCGGGUUGAAAGAAGCCAUACUCUUUGAUCUAUCGCUUCCUGGAAGAGAUUGUAUUGAAGAAAACUAGUUUUAAAAUGACAGAUCAACAGCUAGAUUGUGCGUUAGAUUUGAUGAGGCGUUUGCCUCCCCAACAGAUAGAGAAAAACCUUACAGAUCUCAUUGACUUGGUACCAAAUCUAUGUGAAGACCUACUUUCCUCUGUGGACCAGCCUCUGAAGAUUGCCAGAGACAAAACUGUGGGCAAAGACUACCUCUUGUGUGACUAUAACCGAGAUGGAGACUCGUACAGGUCUCCCUGGAGUAACUCUUAUGAUCCUCCACUCGAGGAUGGAACCAUGCCGUCAGACAAACUACGGAAGUUAGAAAUUGAUGCUAAUAACGCAUUCGACCAAUAUAGAGAAAUGUAUUUUGAGGGCGGCGUGUCGUCUGUCUACCUUUGGGACCUUGAUCACGGAUUUGCUGGUGCUAUACUCAUUAAAAAAGCUGGUGAUGGGUCCAGAAACAUAAAAGGCUGCUGGGAUUCCCUUCAUGUUAUAGAGGUCCAGGAGAGAUCCAGUGGGCGUAGUGCCCAGUACAAACUUACAUCUACAGCAAUGUUGUGGCUCCAGACGUCCAAGGAAAGUUCAGGAGUGAUGAACCUCGGCGGCAGUCUCACACGUCAGAUUGAGCAAGAUUGUUCAGUCGGGGAAAACACUCCUCAUAUAUACAACAUUGGCCGAAUGGUGGAGGAAAUGGAGAACAAAAUUAGAUACACAUUAAAUGAAAUAUACUUCGGUAAGACCCGGGACAUUGUGAAUGGACUACGAUCGGUAGACCUGAUCGCUGAUAAGAAGCAGGAUGACCUGAGGAAGGAACUGAAAGGAUUUCUCCAAAACCGUAUCCAGUCUCAGUGAUCUAGGGGUCAUAGGUCACUUCCUUAUUAUCAAAUGCACCAUUGUUGUGCUGGGACUAUUUCUGGUGUGUGAUCUAUGUGAGAGGGAAUUCGUGGAUCGGGCAACAACGCUUUCCAGUUGGGCCUGAGGAAGGAUCGAACCACACAUCAUAAUUAUACAGUUACUAACAAUCUAUAGUCGCGACAGAGAACUAAACAAUCACUAGUUCUCUCCCUUGGAGAUUUCUUAAAUUACUGAUCGUGUGUAUGGAAGAACAGAAAAGAGUCUGCUCGCUCUACAAUAUUCCAGAUUAUUUGAAAAUUAAUUAUAUAUUCAAAUUGUUCUGUUACAAAUGUGAUUAAGUUUUGAUUUUAGAAGUGUAUCUUGCGUUAUACUGUAUGGUAUAAGGUGAAAUACAGAUUUAGUUAACUAAUGUAGAUCUUCUUAAUUCUCUCUUAUUACUCAGCAUUGUGUUAUAUAAAUUGAAAAUGCCAGUCCAUAGCAUCAACUUGUGUGCUGAAAUGUUCAAAUGUGAAAUUUUGUGUAUGUGUGGAAAUUUUAUAAGACAAUCACAUAGCAUCAGGAGUAAAUCCUCGAUAUCUACAUCCUCCUUGGAAUGAUUGACAGAUAUAUACAUAUGUCUACAUCCCUAUUCUCCUUGGAAUAAUUGACAGAUAUAUAUAAUCUACAUCCUCAUUUUUUGCUGAGUGACCUUUGAAUGUUAGCAUAAAUGAAAUUAAAAUGACAUUCUCUUUGAAACAUGAGUCAGAACCCACAUCAAGUAGACAACAUGUUGACAACUAUCACUACAGAAUCUUGAUAAGAGAGAGAAAACUGGAAAUCUUCUUUCUGAUUCACUGCCAUAAAUAUUAAGUUACCAUGGUAACUGAUACUGCUAUCACUAAGUUACCAUGGUAGCUGAUACUGCUAUCACUAAGUUACCAUGGUAGCUGAUACUGCUAUCACUAAGUUACCAUGGUAGCUGAUACUGCUAUCACUAAGUUACCAUGGUAACUGAUACUGCUAGCACUAAGUUACCAUGGUAACUGAUACUGGUAACAAAGUUAUCUUGGUAACUGAUACUGGUAACACUAAGUUACCAUGGUAACAGAUACUGCUAGCACUAAGUUACCAUGGUAACUGAUACUGGUAACACUAAAUUACCAUGGUAACAGAUACUGCUAACACUAAGUUACCAUGGUAACUGAUACUGGUAACACUUAGUUACCAUGGUAACUGAAACUGGUAGCUGAAAUUGCUAGCACUAAGUUACCAUGGUAACUGGUAGCGCUAAGUUACCCUGGUAACGGAUACUGGUACCACUAGCUGACUGUGGUAACUACUAAUAGUGACACACACAUAUACAUGUAUAUAUAUUUAAUUCCACAUAUACAUGUAUAUAUAUUUAAUUCCAGAUAUAUAUGUUAAAAUAUUUGAUUCAAUUUUUAACAGCCAUGGUUUGCCUCAUCUGAACAGUAAAAGUGGACAGAUGUGUGGUUCCAUUAACAUAUAAAUCAGAUGAGACAUUAAACAUUAACUUACCUGUAUAUAGGUGUAUACACUGUAACCACUGUUAAUAUACCACAAUAUAUGAUUAUGUCAAAGUAUUUAUUUACUAUGAAAUACAAUUUAACCUUGUAGCCAAAACUCCAUGGCUAGGAAUUCCCUCACGAGACUAGAUAGAGGAUGUUUGUGAGCGUAUGAGAGGUUAAUACACAGACAUACUACCAUGCUGGUAACUUUCUCAGACUUAGUCUCACAUCAAUUUUACUUUCACUAUUAUUAUGAUUUGGGAGUUUUGAGAUUAUGAAGAAUACCUGAACAUCAUAUAGUGUUCUGCUUGAAGAACAUCGAACAGUCAUUCUCAGGUGUAGACAUAUUUGCCUGUGUUAAAUCCUGGUGCUGCCCAGUACUACAAACAUUUCAUCACCCCUCCAUGUACUCUGAAAGCCACAAGUGAAAGCACACAAGUGUAAUUUAAACAUUUUAUUUAUCACCGACGGCAAACUUAUUAACAUCUGAUCUCUAAUAUCACAUCAGUUUCAUUACACAGCCAUCAGAAUGAUGAUUCUAACAGGCUUCCUCAGAUCACUGUAACACGCUACAGAAAGAUCUGGCUGAGUGAGAGAUUGGAUUUUAAUUUGAAUGUAGUCACUUUCUGAGGAAAUGCUGAAGAUUUCAAUAGCUCUCCAAGUUAUAUGUGUACACAGCUAACGAGGGCAAAUACCUGUAUAUAUAUAUAAUUAUUAUAUUGUAGGGCUGACUGAAUGUCGUCCUCCAGCUUUGAAUUGUCUUAAUCAUUUUGAUGCUUGGUAACUCUGUACCAAGACUGUUGCCUUUAAGGGCAUAUGUGAUCAUGAUUACACAGGAUCAAGGUCACAUUUUAUUAUUAAAAUAUUGCUGAUGUAAUAUAAAUUA